GCUGCUGGAGUAACCGACUUCACUCUUCCUCUCUGUCCCUUUUAGGCUUUUAUCAAUAUAUAAAAACUUGAAAAGAGUGAGUGUUCCUUUCACAAACCCAACAGAGCAAGAAAGCUAAAGAAAAAUAUACCAGUGUUCAAUGCCCACCAACCGACUCUAAGGUCUUAGCUCUCUCUUAUAUCCUCUGCUCCACACACACUCCAAAACCAUUUGCCCAUUUCUGAGACUCUCUCACUCUCAUAAAGAAAAUGAAUAAGCAAGACUUCAUGAAGAUUCAGAGCUGUGUUCUCAGAGUGAACAUUCACUGUGAAGGUUGUAAGCAGAAAGUUAAGAAAUUGGUGCAGAAAAUUGAUGGUGUGUUCACUACUAGUAUAGAUGCAGAGCAAGGCAAAGUGACUGUCACAGGGAACGUAGAUCCAGCCACAAUCAUCAAGAAGCUUGAAAAGUCAGGCAAACAUGCAGAGCUUUGGGGAGGGGGAGGAGGAGGAGGAGGACAGAAGGGUAAUUCCCAAGCGCAGCAGUUCAACCCCAACCAGUUCAAGAACAUGUCAAUGGAGAAUCAUGGCAAAGGGGGAAAAGACAAUGGUAGUAACAAGGCUCAGAAGGGUGGUGGUGGUGGUGGAAACCAACAGAAGGGCAAUAAUGUCCAGCAACAAAUUCAGCAGCAACAGCAGAUGAUGAAAGGGGCUAAGGUGAUGAUGCCAACGAAGGAGCAGAAAAAGUCUGUUAAGUUCACUUUGCCUGCUGAGGAGGAGUUUAGUGAUGGUGAGUUUGAUGAUGAGUUUGAUGAUGAUGAUUAUGAUGAUGAUGAGUUUGAUGAUGAGGAUUAUGAAGAUGAUGAGGAGGAAGAGCUUAACCAUGGCCAUCAGGUACCACACAACAAGAUGAUGAUGAUGCCUGGUAUGGGUGCAAAUGGGCCACAAGGGCCUUAUGGGAAGAUGAUGCCUGUGAUGGGUAAUAAUGGACAUGGGCCACACGGGCCGGGUGGGAUGGUCAAUAUGAAUGCUAUGGGCGGCAAGAAGUUAGGUGGUGGAGGUGGUGGUGGUGGUGGGGGAGGAGGGUCUGUCAAGAAAGGUGAGGUUAUUGAUUUCCCAAUGCAAGGGAUGAAGGGCAUGGGUGGAAAUAAGGUAAAGAAGGAUGGCAAAGAUGGCAAGGGAGGAAAGAAAGGGGGAGGAGAUGAUGAGAAGGGCAAGAGCAAGAAAAAGAGCAAGGGGGGUAAAGAUGGUAAAGGAGGUAAAGACAAAAGUGAGGGUAAAAAGGGUGGGUUGCUUGGGUGGCUUAGCAGAAGCACCAGUAAAAAAGAGAGUGAUGGAAACCACAAGGGGGGCAAGGGAGGUAAAAAAGGUGGUGACAAGUAUGAUGAUUUCAUGGAAAUUGAUGUCAUGAAUCAUAAGAAAGGAGGCAAAGAAGGUAAAGAAAGCAAGGAAAGCAAAGAAGGCAAAGGAAGCAAAGGAGGCAAAGGUGGUGGUGGCAAUGGUGGAGAUGUUCAUCAGAUGGGUCAAAAGGGUCAAAUGGGCCAGGCAGGUCAGAUGGGGCAUAUGGGCCAAAUGGGUCAAAUGGGCAAUAUGGGUCAGAUGGGCCAUAUGGGGCAGAUGAGGCCAAUGGGCCAAAUGGGGCGUGGAGGUCAGAAUAUGGGCCAGAUGGGUAACUACCCAAUGGGCAGUAUGGGUCAGAUGGGCAAUGUGCCUGCAGUACAAGGACUACCUGCACCGGGGAUGAUGAACGGUGGCGGUGGUGGUGGCUAUUAUCAAGGGAUGGGAAAUGCCGGAAAUCCCUAUACUCAACAGCAGCUCCAGCAACAGCAACAACAGCUCCAGCAGCAGCAAUAUAUGGCUAUGAUGAUGAACCAGCAACAGCAGCAGCAAAGGGCUAAUGGGAAUGACAUGUACCAACCCAUGAUGUAUGCGCGGCCACAGCCACCGAUGAACUACAUGCCCCAUCAGCCAAUGCCUUCAGCAGCGCCAUCUGAGCCUUACACUAACUUCUUCAGUGAUGAGAAUGCCAACAGUUGCAGCGUCAUGUAAAACUAGUUGUUGCUAAUAAGUAGUAGAAUUUGGAUCACAUGGUAGUAGUAGACUAGAAGUGCACUAGUGGUAUGUAUUGAUGUCUGUCUAUGAUAUUUGGUAGCAAUGCAAGGUUCGGGAAGUACCAUUGCUCAUGUUACUUGGUAAUUCAUGGGUAAGUUUUGUUCCUUUUGGUACUAGUACCAAUGGUAAUGACUACCUUCUUAAUUCUCAUCACA